AUCUGGCGCCUGUCUCUCUAUAUUCCCUUCACUCAUGCAUCCUCUUGCGGGUUGAACCCUUUUCUUGAAGCUCAUCCGACAAGGUGCCUUCGGUUCGUGUGAUAUCUCUUGUUAUUCUCUUGUCGAAUGGACCCAGUUGUGAUUGAGGUCAAUGUCUUUGCUUAAUUCUCUUUUCUUUCACCCCCACUUCUCACCUAUCUCUCUUGCACAGGAAGUGAGCAUGGACGGUCGCUUUUUCUAUUUCAUUUCAUAUCAUUCCUCUUUGCUUUUGCGCCCCCACCCCUCCCCCCCUUUUCUUCUUCUUCCUUUUCUUUUCUUUGUGUUUCUUUACUAUCUUCACUGGCGUUGUGUCUUCGCGGAUUGGAACUGCCGAGGCGAAUCAUUAUCGUCCCAUAGAGGGCUGGUUGUUAGACUUUGUGCUUUAUCCCAAUGCUCCAUCUUUUUACCUAUUGCUAUUGGGAUGAUUUUCUUUUCCCUUUGCCUUUUUUAUUUCUCUUCUAGUCUUGAUUUUCUUCUUUCUUGCGGGGGUUCAUCUGGCUUGGAGCAAGCCAAGCCAUUUUACAUUUUACCACUCGGCUUGUUCAUUCUUUUGUUUGUUUUAUAUCCGUCACUAAUUGUAUUCAGGACGGCAGAGUUGAGUAGAUAGCUUUUGAAUGGAUCAACGACUGCUGUUGUUGCGUUUGAUAUGAUCGCGUGCGCAUCUGACGUCAGAGGGUUGAUAGUCCGCCAUAGAUAAGAUAGGGGGAUGGAAAUCGACUCCGUGUGGAACCCACCACCACUUCGCCUUUAGCAGAGGGGAAUUAAGAGCCCCAUGGCAAUAAUACUAGGCU